GGCUCUCGCCAUGCCCCGCCCCCCCUCCGGCCGCGCGCGCGCCCCUUCCGCCGCUUCCUGCCGUGCCCUAGCGCCGCCGGGCCCGCUGGAACCGCCGCCCCUCCGAGCGGCGGCUGGAGCCUGGGAGUCUGAGCGGCGCAGCGGCCGGACCGAGCGGGGAGAUGAACACCGUGCUGUCCCGGGCCAACUCGCUCUUCGCCUUUUUUUUGAGCGUGAUGGCGGCGCUCACCUUCGGUUGUUUCAUCACCACCGCCUUCAAAGAGCGGAGCGUGCCCGUCAGCAUCGCCGUGUCCCGGGUCACGCUAAAAAAUGUGGAAGAUUUCACUGGACCCAGAGAAAGAAGUGAUCUGGGAUUCAUCACAUUUGACAUCACUGCAGAUCUGCAGAGUAUAUUUGACUGGAAUGUUAAACAAUUGUUUCUAUAUUUGUCUGCAGAAUAUUCAACAAAAAACAAUGCUCUGAACCAGGUGGUUCUUUGGGACAAGAUUAUGUUGAGAGGAGAUAACCCAAGAUUAUUCUUAAAAGACAUGAAGUCAAAGUACUUUUUCUUUGAUGAUGGAAAUGGUCUCAAGGGGAACAGGAACAUCACUUUGACUCUCUCCUGGAAUGUUGUUCCAAAUGCUGGCAUUCUACCUCUUGUAACAGGAUCAGGACAUGUGUCUGUACCUUUCCCAGAUACCUAUGAAACAACGAAAAGUUAUUAAAUUAUACUACUGAAUCCUAAGCAAGAUAUUUUUAUACUUGUAUAUUGUGAAUAAGUUUUAUUGCGGUUUCUUCUCACACCCCAUGCAACCCUUCAGUGAAAGGUACUUCAUUUUCUCAGGUCUGACAGCAUAGGGAAAGGAAAUGAAAGUUCAUGAGUUGUUUGUUUGGGUUUUUUUUAAUAAAACUUUAAAGCUGAAACUUAAGUGAAAGGCAAAUUGCAGAGUAACGGUUUUGGAGGGAAGACUGAAGAAUUUCAUUUUUCCCCCCCCCGCUGGUCAUCUAGGUAUUCUUUUUCUUUUAAAUAAACAUUUUAAAACCAGAAGAUAGUCUUUACU